CCCGGGGGGUGGGGUGUUCGCCCAAAGGGGCUCUGGACCACGGGCACCACUUGUGCCUAGGGAGACUGGGUCAGGCCCCGGGAGGCAAGCCCCUGCAGGAGCCUGGCGCUGGGCUCGAUCCUAUGACUCCCUCCUCUGGAGUCUGAGCCCACGUGGCUCUGGCCGCAGAGGAUUCCAGCCAUUUGCUGCCCCCUAGCGUUGGACAGAGGCCUCGCUGCUGCCUCGGGAAGCGCUGCGCGUCGACUCGGUGCCCCUGCAGCAGGGGUAGCGGUGUAUAUUUAGCCGCGUGGUUGCCUCUGUCUUUAAAAAUGCUCCGGAGUGGCUCCUUCCCCCAACGCUUGCCCUGCAGAGAAGGAGCUUUUUGCAUCCUCCUGGCGUGGAGCUGGAAUGGAUCCUCGUAGAUGCCAGGCUCUGGGAUUCCUUUUCUUUCCAAAGUAACAACUCCCUCCUCUUCCUUCUGCUCCCCCAGCAUCCCGCCCGCCCCGAUCAGCAGGGGAAUGCAACAGAAGCGUUAGGAGGAGUUUGGAGAACUGAGGUUGCCACCACCCCGGGAAGCGAGGCACAGAUCUCGCUCGCUCUCUCUCAGCCGUGCCAUCCACUGAAUGCAAAGUUUGAGCAUCCGAGGAGCUGGUACUUUCCGCCCCUCCCUCCGCCUUAGAGUUGGAUUUUCCUUUCUGCAUCCUGGACAGGGAAGGGAGGGGAGGAUGGACGUGAAAUUUGCAAGCAGUCUCUUGUUGCAUCCCUCCGGCCAACUCCUGCAUCCUCAGCCGAGGCAUCUUCUUGGAUGAAGGCGAGCAAAGGGUACCCCAUGCUCUUCCUUUCCUUUUGCUCCCCCCAUCGCUUCCCGGGAGACUUGCCUGUGUGGGGUGGGCUGGAAGCGGGGGGUGGCUGAAACACAACCUCCUGGCUGGGGACUUGACUGGGGGUGAGUGGAGGAGGAAGAAACUCUUUGCUGUGCAAGAGAAGAUUGGGGGGGGAGCAUGCCCGGCGUCCCUUCCACAGUGGAGCCAUCCUCCAUGGAGCCCGGACCCUUUUAAAAUGACUUUCCCUGAUCUGAUCAAUGCCAGCUUGAAUUGGAACCGGACGGGACAAGGCAGCGCUAACCGGUCCUGGAGGGAGUGGGGGCUGCUGGGGGAGGACGCAGAGACCAAUGGCACCUCCCUGCCUUUGGCCCUGGAUCUCCAGGCGGUGGGCGUGGGGGUCUUCCUGGCCCUCUUCAUCCUGUCGGCCAUCGUGGGCAACAUCCUGGUCAUCCUCUCGGUGGCCUGCAACCGGCACCUGCAGACGGUCACCAACUACUUCAUCGUCAACCUGGCCAUCGCGGACCUGCUGCUCAGCACCACCGUGCUGCCCUUCUCGGCCACCCUGGAGGUGCUGGGCUCGUGGGCUUUCGGGCGCAUCUUCUGCGACAUCUGGGCGGCGGUGGAUGUCCUGUGCUGCUCCGCCUCCAUCAUGAGCCUGUGCAUCAUCUCGGUGGACAGGUACAUCGGGGUCAAGUACUCCCUCAAGUACCCCACCAUCAUGACCGAGAAGAAGGCGGUGGUCAUCCUGGGGGUGGUCUGGCUCUCCUCCAUGGUCAUCUCCAUAGGGCCUCUGCUGGGAUGGAAGGAGCCGCCUCCCCCGGACGAGAGCAUCUGCAGCAUCACCCAGGAGCCGGGCUAUGCCCUCUUCUCCUCCCUCUUCUCCUUCUACCUGCCCCUCAUGGUCAUCCUGGUGAUGUACUUCAGGAUCUACGUGGUGGCCCGGCGGACCACCAGGAGCCUGGAGGCGGGGGUCAAGAAGGAGCGGGGCAAGUCCAUGGAAGUGGUGCUCCGGAUCCACUGCCGCAGCGUGGCGGGGGAAUCGCUUUCCAGCGCCAGGAGCAAAGGGCACAACUUCAGGAGCUCGCUUUCCGUUCGCCUCCUGAAGUUCUCCCGGGAGAAGAAAGCGGCCAAGACCCUGGCCAUCGUCGUGGGGGUUUUCAUCCUCUGCUGGUUCCCUUUCUUCUUCGUCCUGCCUUUCGGUUCCUUCUUUCCUUCCCUGAAGCCCUCCGACAUGGUCUUCAAGAUCAUCUUCUGGCUGGGGUACUUCAAUAGCUGCGUGAACCCCAUCAUCUACCCCUGCUCCAGCAAAGAAUUCAAGAGAGCUUUCAUCAGGCUGCUCAAGUGUCAGUGCCGCCGGCACCGCCGGCCCAUCUGGAGGGUGUACGACAACCACUGGCGCGCCGCCUCCAUGAGCAGCUCGGGGCGGGAUUCCGACAUGGACAUGGGGCCCAGAAUCGCCACCCUCAACAGCUCUUUCAUAUUGAACUCCACCCCUCAGGAAAGAACCCCUAAGAGGCGAACGCUAAGCUUCAAAGGGUGGAAAAUGGUCACAGCUUUCCAAAAACCAUCCUCCACCCAACUGAAAGAAAAGAUGAACAGCCUCUCCAACAAAAUAAGGGGCUCCAGCAAAGGGGGCGUGACCGCAGCUUAUAAGAUGGAGGUGGAGUCCGUUUCCAUAGGGAUCCCUAACGACUUCAUGGAGGCUAUUGACUACCAAAUGUACGAUUUACCAGACUGCUGCGGGCUUAGAGAAACAGAUAUUUAAAGCCCCAGGACAAUGAUUAGUUUGUUUUUAAAUGUGCAUUACAUGUGGGUAGAGGGGACAAAAACGGGAUGCAAUCGAUAUGUUUGUCAGGCAGGCUGGAAAAAGCGAUCGGGUGUCAAAUGAGCCACCGGCAGGUUUUGUGAUCACCGCCCACUAAGGUUACAGGAAUAAGAGUUUAGUGUAAGGGCAAUACUAAUGCUCUAAUGGAAUACCAGCAUCUUAUCCGCUGUAUUGCCAGGUGAAGGAAGCAGGGGGACUGCGGGGUUCUAGGGAAAUGAUCUGUUUCGUCUACUGGGGUGAUGGUGUUUCACAGCUGCUGUGCAAUUCAGGGGAAACUAGAAUGCAUCCUCCGCGAUUAUAAAAACACAGAAAGGUCAACACCAUGAAAGCCCCAAAGCUGGGUGUAAUUCUUCUGUCCUUCCAGAGGCUGCUCCCAGGCAGGAUUCAACUGCUGCUAAGUGACAGCUGACAGAGCUAUUCCAUUAGCUCAAGGAUAAGGGCUUAAGGUGAAGGUCCCAGGGUUUGAUUCCUGCUGUCGACUCUCGGGUCUCUGAUGUAUCUGGCCACAGGUUACUACCUAUGCGUAAGACGGGUUUAUGCCUGAACAGUCAUCCUCACUUACACGCUGAAGCAAAGGGAAAUGCGGGUCUUUUUUCUAAUCCAAAUCUGAGAUAUACUUCUCAUUUUACUUUGUUGAAAAGCCUUGCACAGCAUCCACUGCCAGCACCAUCGCUAGCACAUGUUGCUGUGUGUCAGCAGUGAGGAAACACUGCCAGACAUGCUUUUGGAUAUUGGACAUGUCUGACUCUUCUGCCACCACCUCUUCCUCUCUCUCUCUCUCUCUCUCUCUCCCUCUCUCUCUCUCUCUCAAACAAUAAAAGAGACAUAGUGGCAGCGAAGUUCAGCUCAAGGCUCAAACUUCCCCAUAGUUUGGGAUGGAGGUUUCCAUGUAGGCCCAUCUCUGAGGUUAGUGUGUCGGAGCUAAAGUCAGACAUCUCUCCAUAAAGGUUGCCGUUCCCCCUUGUAAUGCAUUAGGGUUCUUGAGCUGAAUCAGUCCAAGAUGAUAUUCAGCACUCUUGGGCCCUUCCGAUACAAUUCCUUGCCGAGACGGCAGAGCUACCCAAGCUGAAAUAUUCAGUAAUUGUUAGUUUUGUUUGCUCUUGCUGUGGCCAAAAAGGGUAGCAAUGAUUUUUUUCCCCACCAUGCACAGAUCCAGAUUGAACCCACUUCCGAAAGGAUGUAGUGGCCUUCAGUGCCCUAGACUAUGUGGAGAAAGAAGAUCUGUGACCCCUCAAAAGGGCAUCAUCGGAGUAUGACCAGACAUAGUGUUGUGUGUUAUGCUUUGUUGUAUAUUUGCACUCAGCCAAUUAGUUGGUUAAACCCCACUCAGCUGUGUAUUUCAUGUGCCUAUUUUGUUGCAUUUUGGGCACCUGAUAAGCCCAGUAGGCUCCAUAAACAACCUGUGUUAAACUUAGAAAUAGACUCAGCCCACAAUCCCUGACUUCAGAUACCCUGGGGACUUGGGCAGAACAUGGAUCUGAGUCUAAAUAUCUUAUCUCAGGUCUGUUCUCUGGUGCAAAUAAAAAUACGGGAAAACAUGCGCCAUGGUGGAGACAUGCUGUCAAAUUCAUCCCAGGUGUAAUCCCACCCAGGUCAGUACAGUCCCACCUGGAGCAAACUUGGCCCAUUAAGACUAACAUGGCUUUCAUUACUGGGGCCUGACGUAUGUUUACCCAGCCUCUCUGACUAAGCUUUUGCAAGAAGAGAAACAGAGCUGCCAGACUCACGGUGUUAGGAAAACCAAGUGUUAUGGUUUGUCCUCCUUUCUCUUUGUUUUCAAAUCGAAACUCAAUAUACAAAAUGUAAAAAAAAGAAAGAAAGAAACCAAUCUAUUGGAUUCCAAGAUGCCGUGUAUGGAGCGGGUAGUAGCUGAACUCUGCAAUACCCUUGUCAAGCUGACACUGAACUAAAUGAAUUAUGGCACAAGCAAGUCUGGUGUGUGUCAAACUAUUUCCCUGCAGGAAGCCAACAAUAUCAAGCAGCACUGGCCAAUGAUGCACUUGCUAUGAGCCAUGUCUGGUGGUUCGUUACAGUGUGUGUUCAAAGAUUGCUAAUGGGCUUGCCAAAGAGCGCUCACAAAUCCCAGUCGGCCCAGUCCUGCCAAAAUUCCCCAGGGGAACCCAGUUGGGCCGUCUCAGUGGGAAAAGCAUAUUUCAUUUCUGGUCUGUAGGAGCCCUGCGGUGACCGUAAAUAAAGGGAGAGCUGAGGAUAACCAAAUAGCCCUUUAGUGGUGUAAGAACAGUGCCUGCAAAUGGUUAACAUACAAAGCUCGACACAGGCCUAACCCCUCCCCCUGCCAAAUUCCCACUGCAGGUGAUGGGCGCUUUUCAAUUUGCAGUUUAUUGUUUAUUUACCGCUAAUUGUUUGGGGCCCAAUCCCCCAGCCAUUAAAGUCAGUGGAAAGACUUCCGAUGAGUGGGAGCAUUAUGUAGCCACGCCCGGGACAGUGCAGCCAUGCAAAGACUGGAGCCCCUAAACCAAGGAGCUUGCAGCUUAAAGGCUCUGUUGCACUAUGAGACAGCACCAGGUAGGCGAAGCCAGAACAGUGUGUGGUCACUGACGCUGGAAUCCAGCCCAGAGCAGGUGGCUUGUCAGGAGCUCUGGAAGGAGAAGAAUCCAUUCACCCUGCCCUUCUGCCCCCAACUCCAGACACAUGUGCAUGUAGUCCCUUGAUGUUCAGGGGAGAUCUGCACUGACAGCGGGACUAAUCCACUAGACAGGUAAGGUGCUGUAUGGAAACAGCUACCUAUUCGAGAUCUGCUGUAUGCAGAGGAAAGAAAGCACCAGGGGCAAAAGGUGCCCACGUCAGUAGCUGUGGUAAUUUGCGGAUAUUUAACCAUCUAAAUACCUGACUUCCAGGUACAAUCAGGCUGUGAGUUGUACAAGUGAUGUUAAUUGCACCCACCAAAAUGGAGGCCUAGUUAAGGACAGGUUGGAAAUUUGAUCUUAAAUGGGAGUUUCAUAUAAUAUUAAUGGAUUUAUGCAGGUAACUUCCCAUACAGUGAGAUGAGAAUAAAUCCAUCCAUCCGGGUGUGUAGAUUUAGAUGCUGCAUACAGAUACACACACCUAUAUAUACACACACACACACCAGUAUACUGUCAUUUCCCAAAGCACAGACAUUUUCUCAUAAACUGAAGAUUUUCCAGGGCUGUCUAGCCAUUCUGGCAAACAUUUUAUCAAAUAUUCCUCCCAAGUUGCUGAGGUUGUUACUAACACUUCCGUCUGACCUUUUAAAUUAGCUUCUUCUGUUUUAUUUUUUAUGAUUUCAUAUACCUGAAUUUUUACCCUCUGAUCACUUGAACGCAUUCAGCAAAACAACGUCUAAUUGUCGGGUUUUUCACCGAUUCUUCCUCCGGGUUCUAGUCAGAGCAGCAGGGGAACAGAGGAGAUAAAAGUAGGCUAAAGCAAGCAAACCAACCCCAACCCAUCUCCUUUGUUUUGUUAAUUACAGCUGUGCCGAUGUUUGAAUUAAGACAUCUGGAGAUGCAUAGAGCAUAAAGUAGAAUUAUGUGGAGCCAUUCACUAUAAAGUUGUUUGAUAAUACCUACUACUUCUGUAGAAAGGUGACCGGAGAGCAAGUGUG